CUCGCGAAGAGGGAAAAGAAGGAGAAGGCCGACGCCAAGAAAGCAGGCGCCAAGCGCAAGGCGGAUACGACGACCGACGAAGCGCCGCGUGCCAAGAAGAGUGCCAGUGGUUCUGAUCGCCUGGCGGAAAUUGACGCGGUCGAGCUCGACGAAGACGCGCCCGUGUACGACGACUGCGACGUUGUGCGGGACCACUUGCAGCAGUUCUUCCUCGCGAAGGAGGCCAGCCAAGUGAAUCUUGCCAAGCACCUCGGCUUCUCGAUCACGCCGCUGCGGAACUUUCUCAUGAAGAAGGGGCGGCGCGAGGGCAGCGGUAGCGCCGUGUAUGGUGCCGCGUACCGGUUCUUUGAGAAGCGGCGGCUCCUGGACGGUUUGCCCAAGUCGGCCAAGCGACUCAAGAUCGAGAAAACGCUGCCCGAGGGCUAUCCCUUGAGGAAGGACCCGACACACUACUACCUCCUUCCUGGCGAGGAAGUGCCCACGACAAGCGAAGCCGCCGACCAGGUGCCGGCGGGGCCCGCGCCCGUGUUGAGCGCCAGCGAAGAGUCGGACGACCCAGAUGACGAGAAGUACGAUUUGAUGCUGCGCGAGAAGUGGUCGUGCAAUGCAAUCCGGUCCAAGAUUCAAAAGUUCCUCGCGACCAAGGUCAUGACGCAGACCGCGUUCCUCAAAGACAUCGGCGCCAACAGCAACUCGUACCAGCGCUUCAUGAAGCUCAAGGGCCCUUACGGCGGGUGCGACAACUCGACCUACUCGGGCUCUCUGCACUUCUUUUACCAGCGCGAGAAGAAGGAGAAGAAGGCCAAGGCCGCCGCCAAGGCGGCCGCACCGAAGCGCAAGAAGGCUGCAUCGAACGAUGACAGUGAAGACGAGGCGCCGUUGGCCUCGGCCAAGAAGGCUAAGACGACCAAGCUCUCGGGCGCGGACCGUCUCGCUCAGAUCGAAGCCGUCGAGCUCCCCGAGAAGCUCCAUGUAUAUGACGACUGCGACGUGGUGCGCGACCACCUGCAGCAGUUUAUCCUCGCCAAGGAGUGCACGCAGGUGGCGCUCUCGGCGCAUUUGGGCUUCUCGGUCGCCUCGCUGCGCAAGUACUUGGCGAUGCACGGGAAGCGGGAAGGCAGCGGCAGCAUCGUGUACAAGACCGCGUACUUCUUCUUUGAGAAGCUCCGCCUCCUCGAGAACAAGCCUAAAACGAACAAGCGACUUAAGAUGGAAAAGACGAUGCCCCAAGGGUACUCGCUCGAGCGCGACAGCAAGUAUGGCUGGGUCUAUUGCCCGUAA